CAUGUUUUUCGCAUCAUAUCAACACACUUGGGCGGCGUCCUCUAUGCGGCGGCGUGCUCUGGACACGCCAUGUUUGGAGGGCGCACCGCUGCUUGCGGACUCUUUGGCCAAGAAAUUGCAAGAAGCUUUGCUCUUGGCCAAGUUGGAAGAUUUCGCCAAGGAAGGUCUCAAAGCACUGCCCUUGUCUGUGACCAACUGCGUGGUUCAAUUCCAUGCUGAGCUGCAGGCUGCCUUUACGGUGGUGGACGUAGCGACCAACUACGACUUCUCGAACCUCUCAAGCUUGGAGGUGGAUGAGCCCAAUGCUCAGCAGUUCGUGGAGCAACUGGGACCUGGCAAAAGACCCUUGUGGGCCGUGCCGGUCAUUUUGAGGCCCAAGAAUGCUGGGCUUGUGAUGGUCUUCAGCUCCGUUUUCCGGGAGAGCGGAUCAGUGAGAUCUCACAUGGUGAAGGCGUUGGCGGUGAAAGAGCUGAAACAUUGGACCUUGCGGAAUGCCAGGAACCUGGAGGUCACCUUCCUGUCUAAGCAAGGCAUCAACACUGCGCCGCAGGAGGUGGUGCUGGGCGGAGUGAAAGAAGCGCUGAAACACUUUGACAAACCUGCGGACGAUCGCGGUGACGCAGGUGACGCUGUCCGUGCCCAGUUCAGAACCGCACAGCGCUGUGAGAAGGAACUGCUGGAGGCGGAAGCCCGAGCUGCCAAGAAGGAGCAGAAAGCCAAGCAGGCCAAGCACAACCGCAAAGCUUGCCCUGUGAUUCCUGCUACUCAGCCGCUCUCUUGCAAUGGAGCUGUGCCCAGCAGAGAACUGGGUGAGUACGAAGAGAGCAAAGGCUCAGAUUUGGAGGCUGACGGGGCCAACAGCCUUCUCGAGGCCUCCCAGCCAUCCAUUUUCCAGCUCCUCAGCGGCUGGCUGGGCUCGGUCCGGGCGGAGGAAUCCUGCCAUCGUGUGGUAAAUGCCAACCUAUGGCACUACCGGCGAAACGAGAAUGCCUGCUGGCGCUUGAGCUAUCUCCACAGGUCUGGUGCGUUCACAGACCGACACAACUCGAUGCACAUCCACUGCCAGCAUUGCGCGGAUCGCUGUGGCAUUUGCAGCUGUGUACCAAAUCCCUGGCGUCCUUUGCCGGACCUGGAGCCCGAUGGCAAGGAGCCGCAGCUGCUACUUACAGCUGGGGGUUUGGCAGAGCCACCCGGUUUGGAGCCGGAGCUUUCGGACAUCUCUUUGUGGCGCCACUUGCUCCGGGGCACCCAUGGCUUUUCUUUGCAUGGCCCAGAGCCUGUGAGCCUCUUUCCGGAAGCGCCCGAACUGGCCAGGACGGCUCGCAUGCGGCAGCGCAAUGCUGGUUGGCGCCGCUGGUGGUUGUCUUGGCGGAAAACUCAAGGCCAAGAGACAGAGAUGUCUCUUGGAGAGGAGGCAUGUGGCUAUUCUUGGGUGGGCUCUCCAGCAGCACCAACCCCCAUGGUUUUCAUGCCAGUGCCUGUGCACCUUUGUUGGAAAGUCCAGCAAUACAUCGAGCAGCUCCAACACGAGCAUGAAGGGCACCAUGCACACGGUGCACUGCUCUGCGAUCGCUUGACUCUUUGAUUGCUCAUUGCUUUACCUUGACCUGCAUGCCGUGCAAUGGCUCGGUCAAGGAUUGUACAUAGAAUAUAGAAGCAUCGCGUCCAAUGCGUGCUGAAGUUUGUACAUAGAUCAAGCCUGAUGGAGGUUAUCCCGAUUGGCAAGGCCCCGGUUGAA